AUGAGGGCUUCAGUGUUCACAAUGCUUUGUCUGAUCACCACACUCGGUAAAGCGGAUGACGCAUGUCCAGAAGUGAAGAUUGUGGGUGUUGGAGAUUCAGACAGAUUGACCAUCCUCAGAGGAUGUCCUGGUACCCCUGGAUCAGCUGGGCAGAAAGGAGAACCAGGAUCCCCAGGAGAGAAGGGGCAAAGGGGAUCUGCAGGUGACCAUGGGAAGGCCGGACCACAAGGCCAGAAAGGUAAAACAGGUGCAGUUGGUGACAGAGGAGAACAAGGUCCAAAAGGAGAGAAAGGAGAACCUUGCAAAUCUGAUCCAGUUUACGCUGCAAGGAACUGUAAGGAGCUGCUGGAUCAGGGGUCUGUUCUAAGUGACUGGUACACAAUAUACCCAGAUGGAGAACAACCCUUGAAGGUGCUUUGUGAUAUGCACACGGAUGGAGGAGGCUGGCUUGUUUUCCAGAGACGUUGGGAUGGCUCAGUGGAUUUUUUUCGUGACUGGAAGUCUUACAAGAUGGGUUUUGGGAGUCGUCUAAAUGAGUUCUGGCUGGGAAAUGAUAAUCUUAACAAAAUAACAUCAAUUGGCACCUGGGAAUUGCGCAUUGAUCUUCAAGAAGUUGACAACACAAAGAAAUUUGCAAAGUAUACAUCUUUCCAAGUUCUAGGAGAGACAGAAAAAUACAAAUUACUUCUGGGAUCCUUUAAGGAGGGUACUGUAGGAGAUUCCUUUAGUUUUCAUAAAAACAUGAAAUUUACCACCAAGGACCAAGACAAUGAUAAUCACCCGCAGAACUGUGCCACACUAUGCAAAGGAGGAUGGUGGUACCAUGACUGUCACCAAGCAAACUUGAAUGGAUUGUAUCAGGGCUCCAACCCCUUUGGCUUCAGUUGGUUCCAUGACAAGGGGCACAAUUACUCCUACAAAAACUCUGAAAUGAAGAUUAGGCCUGUGUAGUAAUUAACACGGCAUCAGAUAGUAAUACACAUCUUAUAUGACUUUAAAGGGACUUGAAACACACAUUUUUUCUUUAAUGAUUCAGACAAAACAUGCCAU